AAAAAUUAAAACACUAAAUUAAUAAAUAUUUCAAAAUUAAUUAUAAGUGUCGAUAUUUAUGUUAACUAAUAAAAGAUAUUGUAGAUAUUUAAUAUUAAACUAACAACUAAUUUGAAAAACCACAAUCCAAGAUAGGUGGAAUAAUCUUAAAUGCAUUGGAUGUUGGCCGUAAUUCAUAAUCUGUUACUACAAAUAAAUGUUGCAAAUAACUUAAUAUUUAAAUUGCAAGUUAUGGCAAUUAAAUCUUACCAUAAUAAAGUCUGAGUUGCUCAGUUGUCGAUAAAUACAUGGAAAAAGAUUAACAGAAAGCAUUACCUUGCAAAAUGAAGAAAGCUUCAAGAACUAUACCACUCUCAGGAUUUUUUAUACUAUUGUGUUCAGUUUCUUUGGCAAGUUCCGAGUCAGCCCUGGAAAACUUUCUUCAAUGCUUACCUAAUCACGUUAGUUCCUCUUACCCAAUUUCUGAAGCCAUUUUUUUGCCUACUAAUUCCUUAUUCAACUCCACGUUACAAGCCUACAUAAAAAACCUUCGGUUUCUGACCCCUACUACCCCAAGACCCCUCGCUAUUGUAGCUGCAAAUGAAUCUCAUGUCCAAGCAACUGUUAUUUGCGCCAAGUCUAAUGGCAUGCAAAUCAGGAUUCGAAGUGGUGGACAUGAUUAUGAGGCUAUCUCUUAUACAUCUAAAGUGCCAUACAUCGUUCUUGAUAUGUUCAAUCUUCGAGCUAUCAGUAUUCAAGCAAAUAUAGGCUCUGCUUGGGUUGAAGCAGGGGCGACAACUGGUGAACUUUACUAUCAGAUUGCCAAUCAGAGCAGCACACUUGCUUUUCCUGCCGGGGUUUGCACUACUCUUGGCGCUGGAGGUCACUUCAGUGGAGGAGGAUAUGGAAACUUGAUGAGAAAAUUUGGACUGUCGGUUGAUAAUAUCGCUGAUGCAAAAAUAGUUGAUGUCAAUGGUAAAAUCCUAGAUAGAGCAUCAAUGGGGGAAGAUCUGUUUUGGGCAAUAAGAGGUGGUGAUGGUGCAAGCUUUGGAGUUAUUCUUGCAUGGAAGAUCAACUUGGUUCAAAUUCCUAGCACAGUUACUGUGUUCAGGGUAGGAAAAACAUUGGAUCAAGGCGCAACUGAUAUCCUCUAUCGGUGGCAAGAAAUUGCUCCUAAUCUAGAUACUGAUCUUUUCAUACGAGCAAUGCCAAAAGCCGAUAACGGUAGCAUUGAAGUUUUCAUUGGACAGUUUCUUGGACAAACUGAUAGGCUUCUUCCGUUGAUCAACAGGAGCUUUCCUGAAUUGGGUUUACAGCGACAAGAUUGUCACGAAAUGAGUUGGAUAGAGUCAAUACUUUUCUGGGCCGAGUUCCCUAAUGGAACAUCCACUGAGGUGUUGCUGGAUAGGCCUCCAAAGCCCAUUGUCUUCAGCAAACUUAAGUCUGAUUAUGCGAAAGAUAUUAUUCCAAAAUCAGGAAUAGAAGAGAUAUGGAAGAUGAUGCUUAAAGUAGGGAAAAUGUGGAUGCAAUGGAACCCUUAUGGAGGAAGAAUGAGUGAGAUUCCAGAGACCGACACGCCAUUCCCUCAUAGAGCAGGAUACCGAUUCUUGAUUCAGUAUACUUUAGUGUGGCAAGAUGAAGGGAUUAUAGAAAAGCAAGUAAAUAUGUUACGAGAAAUGCACGAAUCGAUGACUCCAUAUGUCAGUAAGGAUCCAAGGGAAGCAUUCCUGAACUACAGAGAUCUGGACAUUGGUAGCAACCCAAGCAAUUCGACAAACUUUCAGGUAGCUGAAGUUUAUGGGUCCAAGUAUUUCAAGGACAACUUCUUAAGGCUGACAAAGGUGAAGGCUAGGGUUGAUCCUGAUAAUUUCUUCAAGCAUGAACAAAGCAUUCCACCUUUUAUUUAUAUUAAUAAAUAA